CCCUUCGUGAUGGCUUUUGCAGAUCGAAAUAAUACCAGCUUGAAGCCGCUUAGCUGUUGGAUAUUACGGAAGGUUUCGGGGUUUAUCGCUACAUUAAAGCAUAUUUGGGAUGUACAUGGCGUGAAAUUGCAUAUCCAUAUGUAAUUCCAUUCUUGUUGUGGCUUCAAUGCAAGUUCUAAGAUCUUAAAACAUUGAAGAGAAUUUUCAUCAUAUCGGAUUUGAUGAAACUUGAAAUUAUUUUGAUAUAUUUUUGACGCCGUGGCUUAAUAUGAGGUAAAUGAACGCAACGUCAUAGUGACGCAAUGCGACGAGGGCCAAGCGGAGAGGAUCUACAUCUUUCAGACGAAAACGAUAGCUGUGGUUCAACUGAGGACAACCAAACUUCUGGAAUUCGGAAAAGAAAAUCACGGAAUUAUUCUGACGGAGACGACAAAACGUGUAACUUUAACUUUGACGGAACUCCCGUCCCAAAGCAGCGGAUGGCUGCCAACGCUCGUGAAAGGGACCGAACGCAUAGCGUCAAUACGGCAUUUGUGACGCUUCGGACGCUUAUUCCUACCGAACCUGCUGACCGGAAAUUGUCAAAAAUUGAAACUUUGAGACUAGCCACGAGCUACAUAGCUCACCUAAAUACGGUGCUGAUGGUAGGGUCAGACUGUGUUGAUCAACCUUGUAUCAAACAUCAGGCCAUGAUCAGAGGCGGGGUAGAUAAUCUACCCAAACCUGUCUGCACAUUUUGCCUGAGCGCCUCCAAAACGAGACCGGUAAGGCAUCACGUGAUUUUUGGAGAUUCGCGGGGAUAGUUGUAUGUAUAAGGAAGGGAGACACACCACCAACUGUCGCCGGUAGAGACCGGGAAGCAGCUUUUAUUUAUUUGUUACUUCAUAGUAGCGUGAAUAAAAUGUAAAAAAAAUC